AUGUCGCCUCUCAGGGAAGCGAAACCCAAGGUCGUUGUCUGCAGGAGUCUGGGCCCGGCAAUGCCCUUGCUGGCACAACAAGCGGAUAUCGAUCUUGUUGUGUGGUCAGAAGAUCGGUCAUGCCCGCGACCAUGGCUCUUGGAGAACAUUCCGGGUGCUGCAGGGGUCAUUGUGCUUCUGGGGGAUAAGGUUGACGAGGAGUUUGUGCGGGCAGCUGGCCCGGGACUGAAGGUCGUAUCCACGAUGUCUGUGGGAUAUGAACACAUUGAUCUUCCGCUCAUGGCCCGCCACAACAUUCGCGUUGGAUACACACCCGACGUCCUCACCGAAGCCGUCGCGGAUAUAACCAUCAUGCUGGCGCUCAUGGCAGGGCGGAACGACAACAACGUUUACUCGACUGUGAAAAACGGAGAUUGGGCUCGGCCAAACUUUGCAUGGUCGCCGUUCAAACUUUGUGGGCCCCAACUGAGCACGACGCUGUCGUCUCCGACACGCACGGCCGGGUUUCUGGGUUUUGGCAGGAUUGCCCAAGCCACGCUCGCCCGUCUGGUGGGGUUUGGGGUCACGCAUGCACUGUAUACCGGAAACCCGGCUUCCUCAAACUCUUCCGUGCGUGACGAGGAACUCAAAACUCGACACCGGCUGCAGGCGUUGGAGCGCGUGGAUGUGGACCGACUGGCCCGAGAGAGUGACAUAUUGUUUGUCUUGACACCAGGCGGGGCUGGGACGUAUCAUCUCGUUGACGAGGCGUUCUUACGCAAGAUGAAGCCGCUCAGUUUGCUUGUCAACACCAGUCGGGGAUCGGUUGUGGACUCUGACGCCUUGGCCAAGGCGCUGAAAGAGAACUGGAUAUGGGGUGCAGGGCUGGAUGUCGUCGAGGGAGAGCCACUGAUAACGGAGGACCACCCCCUGGUGAAGGAACCCAGAUGCGUCAUUGUCCCACAUAUCGGUAGUGCGACGUUUGAGACACGACUGGAUAUGGCAACACGGGCAGUGGAGAAUCUUUUUGCUGGUCUUUUCGGAAGAGACAUGCCAGCCGAAUUGAGAGUUUGA